UUGGUGUCACUUUUUCAAGUUCUUGCUUUAGAUUCUUUAGAGUUAUUAUGUGUCGUUGUUUCUGGUUCUUUAGAGUCUUCGUAUGUCGCUUUUUCUGAUUCUCAAAAUGAUAUACUAGGAACUUUAGAUUCUUUAUUGAAUUCAUUGAAAAUGAUGCUUAUAAUUAGAACCAAUAAUUGUAAACUUCUUACAAUUCAUAUUUAUAAUGAUGCAAUUUGUAAACAAAAAGAUGAAAGAUCAACAAAAAAUAUUCAAAUUAUUAAUAUUGAAGAAUAUAGAUUAAAAUCAACAACAGAUUAUAUUAAAGCACUUUCAAUAAUAACACAAAUACCAUCAUUAUAUAAAUAUUUAGAUCAAAAUAUUUUACCAGUUGUAGCAUAUUGGCCAGGACAAUUAUAUAUUCGAAAAGCUAUUACUUUAUUACAAAAAGAAUUAGAUUUUCAAAAAAAAAUAAUCCAAAUUAUCGAAUUACUAUUUCAACAAAUAUUAAAAAUUUUAUUCCAAUUUUAG